AUGGACAAACUCCCCCUUGAGGUGUUCCACAGCAUCAUCGAGUACGCCGUCGAAGACAAUCCUCUUCAGGACACUUUCGGCGCCCGCCUUGUCAACCGGCACUGGAACGACGUCGUAACCAAAGAGCUGAUCCGUAGUCCCCGCCUGGAGGGCAGGGAGGGCUUGCACCUGGAGUUCGAUGAAAGGAAUGUGAGCGCCAACUAUUCCUGGGCAAGCUUUCCAUACCGCCUGAAGAUGCUCUACCUCAUGCAUAGGGUCAAGCACCACGAAAAAAACCCCUGCCACUUCACCACCUGGAUGCAAGAGAUGCGCCAGUUCGCUGAGGCGUGGGACGGGGAUGACGAGGAAAACUGGCAAAAGACCCUGCUCAAGCUCCUGGACAUAGCAACCGCCAGCAACGCGGGGACUCGCUUUCUGUACCAUCUCAGCCCUGACUCGCCCGAGCUUGAGCCCAUCGAGAUCACCCCAUAUCGCAACAUACCCAACCUCCACUGGGUGAAGCCGUUUGAGCCGCUUGAGAAGACAUUCAAGAUCAUGUUGGCCUUCCACGCAAUCCAUCACGGGAAUACUAGAGAUCUUUUCCGCCUCCUCAGGGAAGGCCAUGACCUCACAGCGCGAAGCACACGGUUCCGGCUUUCUGCACUGGGCGACAAUGCCACAGUCAAUGCUGUUGCAAGUGAGGAGAUCGCCGACAUCCUCUGCAAAUUCGGCGGGCCCUUCCGUCUCUGCUCUUGCGGAUCUAGUUACGUAUUUUUCGAGUCCACUUCCCUCGACGCGAUGAUCGACAGCGGGAAUCGGAAGAAGUUGGAGCGGCGGUUGAAAACCCUCCACACGCGGUUUCGGGGCUUCCUUCCUGCUGUGUUGAAAGGGGCUCGGCGCCGUGCAGAGGAGAAUUAUAUCCGCGCGAAAGUCGCGGACGCCGAUGAUUCCCAGGCGGAGCAACUGGCCCGAUGGCUGGACACUGACAAUUACCUUGCGGCCGAGAUGACCAAGAUCAGGCACGAGAUCCGUGAUGCCGUCAUCGAGGAUAUAUCGAGAUUUCAGGACUAUUACCGUCGCGAUCAUCCCGCUGCGGUCCGGGAUGCUGAGUACGACACGGGGUUCAGUUUCGUGUGA